AUGGUGUUGAGUGAUAUUUCGUUAGCUUUUGUAUGUCUCAUAGCCUUGGUUCAUCCCUCCCAUGCCCAAAACUCACCACAAGAUUACCUUAAUGGCCAAAAUGCAGCUCGUGCCCAAGUGGGUGUUGGGCCUUUGACAUGGAAUAAUACUGUAGCUGCCUAUGCACAAAACUAUGCUAAUUCGAGGAUUGGCGAUUGCAAUCUCAUCCACUCAAACGGACCUUACGGGGAGAAUCUUGCCAAGGGCACAGGUUCAUUUACAGGUGCCAAUGCAGUGAGUCUUUGGGUUGGAGAGAAGCCUUACUAUGACUACAAGUCCAACACAUGUGUUGGGGGACAAGAUUGCGGACAUUAUACUCAGGUGGUGUGGCGAAAGUCAAUCCAUCUUGGGUGCGCUAGAGUUCUAUGCAAGAAUGGAUGGUGGCUUGUUUCUUGCAAUUAUGAUCCCCCAGGCAACUAUAUUGGAGAGCGUCCUUACUAA